GUGUUGUCUCUGUUUGUGUGGUUUCAUGCGUUGUAUGAAUCAGUGAUGAAGUGAUGGCUGAAUGCAGUGAUUGUAGCGACUGUUGUGACGAUAACUGCAGUCAUUUGAACCAAAUUAACACCAAAUCAAAGCCAAAACAUGACAACAAGUGUUCGGCCAUUGCUUCUCAAGUGAGUGAUCAAAGUCUGGCCAACGGUUUGCUUCUCGAAGACAUCGUUAACGACAAAAAACUGAGUUUAAUGCGAUCUCCAGUUGUCCUCCAAUUCAUUAGAGAUAACCACAAGAAAAUGUCAGGAAUAACUCAACUGGAGUUUCAUCAGGCGAUGAAUGACUUCAAGACUAUGUUUCCCGAUAUGGAUGAGGAUGUGAUCGAAGCGGUUCUUCGGGCCAACAACGGUGCCGUCGACGCAACCAUUGAUCAGUUGCUCGCUAUGAAUAUGGACUCAGAAAAUGAGAGACUCCGACAAGACUUGGAUUCCAGUGAUAAUAAUGAAGUUCCGCCGCGUUAUUCUCCGGCUACUCCUCCGCCAUCUUAUCAUUCAUUGCAAUCACAGCCGAGUCUUAUGAACAGCAGUCCUAACAGGAGAUCCCAUUCAAAGCCAAAUAACUCAGAAUCAAAGACAGCCUUUACUCCAAUGGCGCCGAAGAUUACGCCAUCGAUAGAGUCGAUGCGUUUCAAACGGCAGUGGAAUCCACCCAUUUUGGGACAAUUGCCGCACACUUUCCUCCGCAUAGAACCCGAUGUAAACCAAAGAAAACUUUCGGCUUUGAGUCGACCGCCGCGCGAAGUGACUGUCAUUAACUCGGCUUUACUUCAACAGGUUUUUGUCNUUUUGGGACAAUUGCCGCACACUUUCCUCCGCAUAGAACCCGAUGUAAACCAAAGAAAACUUUCGGCUUUGAGUCGACCGCCGCGCGAAGUGACUGUCAUUAACUCGGCUUUACUUCAACAGAAAAUGGAAGAAAAUCAAAGACAGCGUCAGAUGUCCAUCAGUACAGACGACCCAGAAUUGGCCCAAUUCUUGGAGGACGAAAGGGUUGCUAUUUUCCUUCAAAAUGAAGAGUUUGUCAGAGAAUUGCAGAAAAAUAGCGAUUUUAUGUCUACUUUAGAAUUGGACACAAGGUUUGGUUGCUUUGAAUAAUGGGUUAUUUGAUUGAAUUUUAAUAGCGAUAUAAUGUGUGGUAAAAGCAGGAGUAAUGGUGAGAGUAAUGGCGCUUCCGGUGGUUCAUCGCAUCACGACUCGGACGCGGCCUUUAAGGAGACCCUCAAACAUAUGGAACCCGAUGUAAACCAAAGAAAACUUUCGGCUUUGAGUCGACCGCCGCGCGAAGUGACUGUCAUUAACUCGGCUUUACUUCAACAGAAAAUGGAAGAAAAUCAAAGACAGCGUCAGAUGUCCAUCAGUACAGACGAUCCAGAAUUGGCCCAAUUCUUAGAGGACGAAAGGGUUGCUAUUUUCCUUCAAAAUGAAGAGUUUGUCAGAGAAUUACAGAAAAAUAGCGAUUUUAUGUCUACUUUAGAAUUGGACACAAGGAGUAAUGGUGAGAGUAAUGGCGCUUCCGGUGGUUCAUCGCAUCACGACUCGGACGCGGCCUUUAAGGAGACCCUCAAACAUAUGGGUAAAGUAUCGCGACGUAAAUUCGCUCAAUUGGCGCGACUCUUCUCCCGGAGAAGGCGUCGAAGUUUCCAGCAAUUGAUUAGCGAAGGAAGUAAUCCAAGUCUCACUCGUGAAGACCAAUACAAUCAGUUCCAGAACGAAGGCUCAGAUAAUGACAGACAUUUAGUCUUAAGUGUUGAGAGUGAAGAGCAGUCGACACAACAUAUUGACAAUAACACCAAUUCAUUGCUAAACAACAGCACAUUUCGAGCGCAUCAUAAAAUAUAAUUAACUUUAAAAUUGUUAUCAAAUUAUUUUUGUCUAUAAUAUUGUUAUAAGUAAUGAGUUAUCAGUAAUGGAUUUAUCUAUACAUUUGACAAACAUUUGUACUGUUGUAUAAUCGAUAGCUUUUGGCUUUAAUUUGGAUUAUACCUAAAAACAUGAGUGAUUUAAGUCCUAUAUAUAAGCUAUUAUUUAUCACAAAUUAAUAUUAGCGCUAAAAUAUGAGCCCAACUGCUAGUCAUGGCGUAUGCAUUAGAAUAUCACUGAAUCUUAUUUUUUUGAACAAAACUUCAUUCAAAUACUGAUUGUCUAUAUAUUUAAUGCUAGAAUUUGUUAAGAAACAGAAUUUCUAAUGAAUUCAAGUGUUGAACGAGAAUUGGAUUCAAAACAAAUUAAUUUAGUUUAUUUAUAAAUUGCUCAAAAGUUUUCGUUUAUAAUAAGCAUGUUUUUUGGUGACUUAAAUUGCAAACAAAUUUACAUUAGUUAUAAUUAAUUUAAUUAUCAAAAUAAUUCUGUUUUUCCGUUG